UGAGCGCAUGCGCAUGGCAUGGCGCUAGGAAAACUGGCGAUUGGUGGCGAGCUUUACAUGGGACCGGAAGUAAGCUUGGUCCUCCCCACCCACAACUGUCAGCGGUUGAGGUGAAGAAUGAAGCUGUGAAUGGGCGAAGGCUGCAUAGUGCACGGGGCGGGCAGAGCUGGGCAUGGCGUGCCGUCAUGGACGGUCAGUGACUCGAUCCUUACCCAGUUGAUCAGUGUACUAGCCAAACAGCUAGCUUGUUCAGAAGGAGAUUGGCCUAGGAAGUUUCAAAUGGUAUGCUUAAGGGCCCAUGAGAAUGCAGAGGGAGCGCCCACAAGCAGGAGUGUUGGGGAGAAGAGGGGAGUGCCAGCUGUCAAGGAAGCAAGUGACUCAUUAGCAGCAAAGGACUAAAAGAUUUUCCUCCGGCUUUUGAUUCCCUGGAGACAGGUUGGGAAAGAUCUGGGUCAUGUCACGGCUGUAUAUCAAUUAGGAAAAAGGUAACCUGAUGUUUCCUGCGUGACAGGAAGUGCCCCUUUAUUUGUGAUGGAUUCGGAGGCGCAUGAAAAACGAAAAAGUGAUUUGGUCCUCUCAAAAUCAAAACAAGACUUUAUGCAUCAUAAACUAGCUAUUGGAACUAGUAAGCAUUAUGUGUGUGGUUACUUUGCUGCCUUCACAAACAUUGCAAUUACCUUCCCCAUCCAGAAAGUGCUCUUCAGACAACAGCUAUAUGGCUUGAGAACCAGAGAUGCUAUAAGACAACUAGAGAGGGAUGGGAUCCGUAACUUAUACAGGGGAAUACUCCCCCCACUUAUGCAGAAAACCACAACUCUUGCCCUGAUGUUUGGCCUUUACGAGGACUUCUCCAGCCUAUUGCUAAGACAUACAGAUUCUCCUGAGAUUGUUACAAGGAGUGUAGCAGCAAUCCUUGCAGGAACUACAGAAGCCAUUCUUACGCCUUUUGAGAGAAUUCAGACUUUGCUGCAGGAUUACAAACACCACAAUCGAUUCACUAAUACUUAUCAGGCUUUCAAAGUGCUUCGACCCUAUGGAUUUAGGGAGUAUUAUCGUGGUUUAAUUCCCAUACUGGUCCGCAAUGGACCAAGCAAUGCUUUAUUUUUUGGUCUUCGCAAGCCAAUCAAACAGUGUUUGCCAGAAGCUAAAAGCUAUAGUGCUAACCUAAUCAAUGAUUUCAUCUGUGGUGGACUGCUUGGAGCCAUGUUGGGAUUCCUGUUUUUUCCACUGAAUGUGGUGAAGGCCCGCAUGCAGUCACAGAUUGGAGGAGAAUUCGUCUCCUUUGGGAAAAUCCUCACGACUAUAUGGACAGAGCGUGAUGGAAAACUGACACACCUAUUCCGUGGUGCCCAUCUAAACUAUCACAGAUCCAUUCUGUCUUGGGGUAUCAUCAAUGCCACGUAUGAGCUGUUAUUGAAACUGUUCUGAGGUGGACUGUAAGAUUAAGCACUGUUAUAGCUUUCUGCAGAGUAUGGAUCAAAUUCUCACAAAACCAAAUACAGAGAUUGUAUGUAUACACCACUAAAUAUUACUGCUGGUCUUUAUUUGUACGAACAGACAGGUGCUUCAAAAUACUAUUCAGUCUUCAUGUUGGGUUAAUAAAGUGCCUGUCUGUUCUAUGUGUGUAAGUGACCAAGCCUUUUCCGCUGACAGGAACAGUAAUUUGACUGUAUAUGUGCAUAUUGGAGAGCUUUAUAUAUCUGAUGGAAGAGCUUUAAAGUAUGCAGUCUGAUAUUUGGUCUUAGGAGACCACACUAUAUACAUAAUUUUCAAUGUUGUGUUUAUCUGUAUUCAGGUUCUAUCUAUUACAUUCAUUUUGUUGAUCACAUUUUUAUUAUAGUAACCAACAGGACUAGUGUUUGGCAAGUGAGCUUUCAUUUUUCUUGGGGCACCCAUGUUGAUCCACGUUUUCUAUAUUCAUAAUUGCUUUGUUAUACAUUUAUGUAUGCUCACAUCAACCACUUAAAGUAUCUUAUGGAAAAAGGAGAAGGAAGCAGUUUCUGCUUUCAAACCAUGUUGGUAGCUCCUGCUUUUUUUUCUGUGCAGGCCUUGUUUCUCUACAUUCUAAAUUUAGUAUUUUAUUUUUA